AGUCGAAGCAUUGUUUCGGUGCAAAUUUCAAAUGCACCAGACAAACGAACGGGCAGUCGGGCAACUGUACUGACUUUAACCUAGAUUUUCUUAUUUGAGGAGUCAAAACACCGUUUGCAGAAACAGGACGACUAUUUUUAAAACAUUUCAAUUGUCUGCGGUGGCGAAAUGAGAGUGAGUGAAGUCCAUGCCGCAGAGUCUGUUGCCUACCUGAACCGAGCCCUGGUCAGGUUGCAGGAUAUUUGGGAAGAGAUAGGGAUUCCUGAAGAGCAGCGCCUACAAAGGACCAAUGAUGUUCACAAGCACAUUAAAGGUUUGCUGGACCUCAUGAUUGCUGAAGAAGAGGAGCUCAAGAAGCGAGUAUUGAAAAGUAUAGAGUCUUGUCGCAAGGAACUCAGUAUUUUGUAUAGUGAGCUUCAGAUGCCCCCUUUUGAGGAGGAGGAUGGCUGCAGCAUGUUGCAGAUGGAGAAGAACUGCCGCACACAUCUGGAGGUGAUGAAGGAGCACAAAAAGCAAAGAAUGGAAGAGCUUAAAGGCCUGGUUGUCAAAGACCGAGAGCUGUGUGAUGUUAUGUGCACUACCCCCUUUUGCAUCAACCAGGACUCUGUUCCAUCAUCAACACAGCUAGAGAGCUAUCGGGCCUACCUUGCUGAUCUCACCAAAGAGAAGGAACAUCGUCACAAGGAAUUUGUGAGCAUCAAAAAGGAGAUCAUUGUAUGCAUGGAUGAUCUGGAGCAGCAGCCAGAAACCAGUUUUGAGACGGAUGUGAUUUGUGAGGAUGAAGAGGCAUUUUGCCUGUCGAAUGACAACAUUGCUGCUCUCAAACUCCUCCUCGGUCAAUUGCAAAACCGCAAGGCUGAGAAUGAGCUCCUUUGUUCAGGUUACCGCACUAAGAUCCAGGAGCUCUGGGAACGGCUUCAGAUUCCCCAAGAGGACAGGGAAAUUUUCUCAGAGCAUAUGAUCAACACAAAGAAGAGAAACAUUGAAGCGCUCCAGGCUGAGGUCCAGCGUCUAGAGGUGCUGAAAAUGCAGAGCAUGCAAAGUGUCAUUGAGGCCAUCCGAGCAGAGAUUGCCCUCCUAUGGACGAAAUGUUUCUACAGCCCUGAACAGCAACAAGCUUUUGCGCCAUAUCAUGAUGAUGAUUUCACAGAAGAGCUCCUCAAUCUACAUGAGGCUGAGAUCACGACCUUGAAGAAGUAUUAUGAGGACCACAAAGCACUCUUUGAGGGAGUCACUAAAUGGCAGGACAACUGGACGUUGUACUUGGAGCUUGACAAAAAGGCUAAUGACCCUUCAAGAUUCAACAACAGGGGUGGGAACCUUCUGAAAGAAGAGAAGCAGAGAACUGACCUGCAGAAAAGUUUGCCUAAGUUGGAAAAGAGUCUGAAAGCCCAAAUCGACGCUUGGGAGCAGGAGCAUGGCAAAGAUUUUCUGGUGAACGGACAGAAAUUCCUCGAUUAUGUGCAGCAGCAGUGGGAUCAACACCACAGUGAAAAGGAGAAGGAGAAGCUUGAAAGGCAAAUGAAGAAAACUAAGCAGAUACAAGAGGAAAUGCUGUAUGGAACGAUGAUGAGAACGCCAUCUAAAAGGCGGAUAGGAGGGACUCCCACACCUGGAAAAAUGAAAAAGCUCAAUGGCACCUUGACUUUCUCCACUCCAACCAGCUUUCUGAGUUCAGGCCUCAGUGGGACCAUGUGCCAGACGUCCACCCAGAAACCACCGUUGUCUGCUAGCAAGGGUCUUGGCCUGCGAACCCCUGGACAUGGAAAGGCACCCCGUGCACUAGAGCGAAACAAGGAAAAUAUCUCCCACCUUAAUAGAAACACUCCAAGUGGCACACCACUAAGGUCUCAGGAUACUCAAGAUCACACCUUCACCUUUAACUCUGUUGCUGGCUCCUAUUCGGAAUUUGCGAGGGACCUCACGAAGGCUUCUAAAUCGAAUGUAAAGUCGGGACUGCUGAACUCGACUGUCAGUCAUCAGUGAUGGUUCAACGGAGCUGCUCUGGCACAGAGGUUCACCCACCUCAGGGGUAGUUUGUUGACACAAUGAACAAGAGGGAACUUCUUACAAAAAACUGUAAAUAUUUUGUCAACAUUUCUCUUUAUUAGAAAUUAUUCCAUGGUUUCCUCUGCUGUUUGCAUUUCUCUGGCAUUUUGAAAUUUUUACGAUGUUUUUAUUUGAUCCUAUUUUAUUUUGGCUUAAAUUAAAUAUUAUCUGUUAUCUAGAGCACUACUCUGUUUUACUAAAGUGGAAAUUGGAAAGUGGCACCAUGAUUUUCUUUUUCCAGCUGGAUUGACAGCUAAUUUUGCUCAUCAGAAACCAAACAUAGGGUGGUUUUAUUCUUUUCCUUAACCUGUAAAUAAACGUUUAUAAAGCA